AUGUGGUAUUACUUUGUUGCUCACUGCGCUUAUCACUUUACCAGAUGGUUUCCAAAAGAUUCCCGAGGAGCAGCGUAAGUUAACUUAAAUUUUGUUAGUUUUUGGUGAAGUCGAAAGCUUAUGAGGACAAAAAUGUAUGGUCAUCUUGGCAAGACAUUGUCCAUAUAUUGAACGACUGUUGAGCCCUGAUCCAAUUAAAAGAUUGCUUCCUUUUUUGAUUUGGGUCAGGGCAAACACCUAUUGAAUUUGUUAGGUAUAUGCAGUAACUAUUAGGCAGGGAUCAAACAGUUAGGGGGGUACUUUUAGCUGCGCUUUUCUUUUGUUUUGCAUGAAAGUACAUGUACCUUGGCGGAAGGUUCAUGCUUAUAGUAGCUGCGGGAAAUCCCUGCCCCCAACAACUUAAGAGAGUAUGGUAUGCGUAUUUUGUAUAAGAGGUACAGAUGGAUAACCAAGCUAUAGUUGCGUGUAUUCAGCAGCCUGUAUUGAUCUCAAACCGCAGCAGGAUUAGCUCAGUCGGUAGCUUGCUUGACUGCAGAGCAGGAGGUCAUGGAUUCGAUUCCCAGGGCGGCACCAAGUCCAAUCUCGACCCAGAGCACUUCUGCGCAUGUAGAGGAGAGAGCUAUCAAGAGCUCUGGGGAUCCCUGGGGCAAGAUUGUCUCUGAUUUGUUUCAGCAAAAAACAAUAAAAGUGUUGCUGAUUGGUCCAUUCAAGUUCGCACGAGAGCAGUUGAAUGUGUGGUGUGUCUGGCUUGUGAGCGGGUUUUUCCCUAGAAAUGUUGAAGUAAACAUGACUGGCCGAUUCUUGAUUUCAGUGAUUCCAAAACAACAUUUGCACGACUAAUAAUCAGGCAGAAUUACUGGAUUUUCCAAUUUUCAAAUAAAAUAGCUUAGCUACACAUCGAAAAUUGAACCAGAAAAAGAUUUGAAUGUGAAAGACUAAAAUAAAAUACACCGACAUCUUUGCCAGCUAUAAUUUAAGAAGCAUAACACAUUACUGGUUUUUCUUUGACUUCCACGUUAUUGUAUUCACACAAAGUAGCCGAGUAUGAAUGAAAACUUGAGCUUCUUGUCGUAAAUUGCCUAAAACAGACUUGCAAGGAAAAACAGAAAAAGUAAAUCGUUCCCUAAAGUGAUUCAUGUACAAUGCGACUAGAUAUUUAUAGUUGUCUUCUUUUCCCAUGAUAUCGCAUUUCAAAGCUGCAGCUUCGCUGAAGUGCUGAUGUUCAUAUAAAUAAAAGGACGCUAAAUUCAUAUUUUGGAAAGUUUUAUUGGAAUUUCGAUACGUUUAUCUUAACAAGCCAUUUGGGUUUCACUUACUGCCUCUUGAAGUAGUCCACAGAAAUAUUUAAUCAACUGUCAAGCAUAUGCAAACUUCAAGUCUCAAAUCUGUGAUUGGGAACGUUUAACAGCUACCACAAGAGCCUUAGAUACCUGAAUAUUCCUCAAGGCCAUUAACUGAAUUUCUUCAGUUCUAAUACUGAAGCAGCACAAGACUUUCGCAAUGAAGUAGAUAUAAAAGAAACAAAAAGUUUUAGUUGGAUCAAAUAGCAUGUGCCGUGAGGCCCAAAUAGCCAGAUUCUGGCUACUCCAGUGCGCAGAGUUUCCAGAGCUUACGUGCACAUUCCCAAACCCGUAAGCACUGGGGUAGAGAAUGCACCAAGUCAGGGUCAUAAAGUAUGUUUUGAGAAAUGAAAGUACUUCUAUUGCCUUGUAAACGGCCCAACCUUUGCAUGGCUUGGAUGACGUACAUUACAAAUCAUGUACAUGUAAAUGGGAGUUCCAUCACUAGAAUGAGACAUUAAAAUAGUGUUCGUUGUCCUAAAUACAUUGACAAAAAAAAUGCAUCUUUUUUUCAUGAACUGAUAACAAUAUUCAGUUAGUUUUAGAUGUUGAUUUAUUGCAUAAAUAUUGCAUUGAUAAUUGCAACCUUAUUUUUUCAACAGGAGACUUGCUGUUGUACUUUUUGCCCUUAUGUUCAUUAUACCACAAGUAUAUGUGAUUCAGCUGUAAGUAUUGACUACUUAAUUUAUACAUAAUUUACAGUAACAUAAUCUUUUAGUAUAGUAGGACAAUGGGUGGAAAGAGCUGUUAACCAGUAGAAGUAUUCUCUUCUUUGACGCACAAAUGUAAAACCAGCUGGAAGACACAAAAUGGCCAAUUGAAGUAAAAGCAAGCCAGGUUAACAGGCUCUAUUUAUCAAUUUAGAAACAAGAAGAAAACUGAGCCAAGUUAACUAUCACAAUGACUUCUGAGACUGAUACUAGGGACAGGGAAAAAACUUUGGUCAAAAACUUUGUAGCUGACAAGCACGCCCUCAGUAGCGAUCCCAGAAACAAUAAUUAAUAUGUUACAUAUAAAGUUCUGACUGAGACUGAAUGAAAUACACGAGGUGCGAAAGUUUGCUCCUUUUAAAGGCUUUUUUUUUGUUUUUGUUGUUGUUGUUGUUGUUUUUUCGUCACUUGAAAAUUACUUUGGAUUCAGAACAACCAAUGUUAAAAACAGAUCAUCCAUCAGUCUGAGGAGGAAUAAAACAAUUUGAACAUUUCCAAAGAGGUUUGUAUUUUUCUGAUAAUAGGCCACUUGCACUAAGAGGUCACGUGACCAAUACUUCCCUUAAACGAUUAGUUGGAAUCCUGCUGAUGCCAAAAAUUGACAGAGCACAUAAAAAUUAUCUUACAUGCGAAAUUUGAGAGAAAAAACCAUUUAAGGGAGAUAUUUUAUGGCACUUUGAUUUUUCAACAAAGUAGUAUGAUUUGUAUUGGCCGUCAUGUUGGAGGGCAUACUCUUGCCCUCCAACAUGGCGGCCAAAACUACUUUUUGCUUACAUCUUGUUAAACUUUUGAUAGUUAUGUUCAGAUGUGCUACAAACGUUACCACAUUUUUUCAACAUUUUCCUUGGAAGUUUAAGUGCAAAAUUUGUGUUCAGAAAGAAGUGAUUUGUAAUUUUCAAAAUCACAUUUUGGUCUCGCGACCAGCUACAAACUUACUCAUUUUAUGACAGCGGUGCAGGUUUGAAAAACCAAAUCAGUAUUAUUUUGUUUAGAAUAUGACCCACUAAUCAUUUUUUGAAGGCAAAAUUAUAUAACUUUCAUCUUCAUAAAACGAUGUCACAUGACCUCUUAGUGCAAAUGGCCUAUUGUGCAUUCGAUUUGUCAAUUGAUUUUGUGUCCAGUUCUUCACCUUCUUUCGCCGGACUGAAUUAAAACCCGCUUGUAUUCUGUUAUUAGUAGUUACGGUUAGUUUUUUUACAUGGCCAGAUUUAUUUACCUUCGCAGAACCGGCUUUAUCCUCGUCUUAUGUCAAAGAACCGUAAUGCUAAUGCUUGGGAGUGAACAAACUUGGGCGCUUAAAACUUCCUCGGAACUUUAGAAGGCCAGCAAGCUUACUCGAGAAGAAAAGACUACUUCGAUAAUUUUUCUGUUGCUCAAGUAAUAAUAGUCAGAGUUUUUUUCCUUUAGUUUUUUCAGUUUUAAUUACAUAGUUUUGUUAUCUUUCUGUACGCAAAUUUUCCUUUCACUCGCUGUGAAGUAGCGCGGAGAACAACAACUGCCGGCAGUGACUCCAAAACAAUCGACUCUUUGCCCGUUAACAAUUGCUGGAGCUGGAUUUGACUGAAGCGAGCAAAAGAAAUCCUUAUGUGCAGUUUUCUGUAUUUUCUGAUUUAGUUUGCUGAGUUUAAUUUGCUUGAAUGAAGACCCUCGCAUGGACCAGUUAUUAAAAGUAGCUAAUCUAGCUAAGUAGUCGGAAUCAUGGCUUGGCUGCGAAGCUUGCAACUGAUCUUUUGCUAUUAAGAUCUUUAGGUAGGUUGUUUCCGUACAGAAAACUCACUUCUUCUUUGUCAGCAGGUAUAGGAGCCUUAAGCCUUAUGUUUUUUAAUGAAAAUUUGUUGUUUUGCAAUCUUAUUGAAGCUUUUUUUAGUUCACUUAAGCUGAAUUUUAUGCAUGAUGGAAUUGUUCUUUGCUUGUCGCAUCUCUUUGCCAGCUUAAAGUGGCGUCUUUGGUCCUUAAAGUGACCUCAAUCGGUAAUUAAAUCUUAUACAUAAUUGGAAAGAAGUUUUUGCAAUAAUGUAACGUUAACUUUGUUUGAAGGAAAUCUUACUUUAGUACGCGUAGGUUUUUAACAGGUGUUAUGCAUGUUCAACUUGACAACACAAAGCAAAAUUAAUUAAUCUGCCCGAAAUGAUCAAGUUUAAAAAACUAUGGUUGCUUUGAAAACGAUCUUGGGGAAGAUGUAGUAGAUAAAGAUUAACUCUUUUUCAGCCCAUAUAUCAACGCCAAAACUUGUACAUUGAGGAUUUUGUGUAUAUUUUAGUGAUCUGCGAAGCUAGAAGUGUCCGAUCGAGUGUGGGUUUUAAAAUAUCAGCAGGAGUGCAACAAAGUUCAGGGACUUCAAACACAUUGUGGGCAAACUUGAAUUUCUUUGGGCAGAUUAUUAUACAAAGUUAUUUUGUUUUUGUGUUCACGGUGGAGCUCCGGACCCUAAUCAGACUUACACACGCACAUUUCCAGUACAACUCAAGGAAAUUAGUAAAUGUCGUUAAAGUCCGUUUUUUACUAUGAUGUAUUCUUCGAAAAAAUUAAAUAAUAAGAAGAUUAUAACCAUAGCUUGCAACUUUUGAAGACAAAUUGCCUGUUAUUUCCAGGUUUAUGGUCGCACAAACCACUUCCAUGCCAAGUCGACUCGAAAAACUGUUUUGAAUUUCCCGCUUUUUUUUCACCUGACCAACAUUGACGCGUCACAAGCUGUUUUUUCCGACAAUUUUUCCAACCGCUCUACGAAGAUAAGGGCCAAAAACAGCAAUUUUUAAUUGCGAAUAUCUCGUGAGACACUUGCUUCAAUUGAGCUGAAACUUCAUAGUAUGUUUAUUUGGUUCAUAUUAAACACAUUUCACUGGAAUUGAACUAAAAUAAAAAAAGGUCGAAAUUUUGGUUCAUUUGACCUUGAAGUCCCAAUAGUGACCAACAUCAAUUUUCUCCUAACAACAUCCAUACAUAGUCAAGAGGGAGGAUUAUGAGAAUGAAUUAAAUGAUCACCAAAGAGAAAAUGCCUUGAUUUUUUAUUAAAUUCUCUCACCUAAUUCUUAAAGGAAAUUUAUGGAGAUCAGUGUUUGGAGAAUUUGUUUGUGGAUAUUGGGGCUUGAAGGGUUAAUGCGGACAUUGAAUGGGUCAUAGAAAGUGUCCAAUAAAAUUAAUUUUGUUAUUAACCUAGUUUGCUUCUCAAUUUCCUUUGUCUCCAAGUCCUAGUUCAUGAAUAAUUUUAGGGCUAGGAGACAAAGGAAAUUAAGAAUCACCCUGGGUUAAAAAAUUUUUACCUCAAUUUAAUUUUGACCUGUAUAAAAAGAUCUUUCUAUAGGUAACCUUCUGUUAAACCUUAAUUCCUUUUCAUGGUAUGAUGAGACUGCCUUAGCCUGCAUCGCAGACAUACAUGUAACCUAACCCUGGUCAGUAACGUCUGCAAAGCAGUGCUGAUAUCCUUAUUUUGGGCCCACAACUGAGUCAAUUAACUUCUGAACAUUUGUUUCAAUUUUUCCUUCAACCUAAUUGGCAAAUCAACUAUGACAUGCAAAUCAUGACACCCCUGGUACACUUUUGAAGGCCCAGAACAAGGAUAUUGAUGCUGUUUUGCAGGCAGAAUUAACCAGAAGUUUAGUUCUGUCUUUGAUGUGGGCUGCGAACUGCCAGUGACUUGAGCAGGUACAAAAACUCUUCGGUUUUUGAGGGGUGUGUUUUUACCCUUCAAAUGCCCAUAUCUGCCCAUGAGGAUCCCCAUCCCUUGCACUACUUGUGAUGUCAUUGGUUUGAAUAGUCAUAGACUAUUUUGACACCUACAACUCGAGCAGGAAAAAGAAAUCUUUCAUGAGCAUGAAUCAGGCAAACAGGCCAGAGAAAAAAUGUAAAAUGAACAUCUAAGAUUGACCAGAAAAUUGACUACUUACCCAUACACAUACCGUGCACUUUCUACUGAAAAAUCAUUAAUUCACAACCCUUAUAAUUUUUGUUGAAACUUUUUCACCUGAGUGGGAGCCUAGUAAUAAUUUAUUGCCCCGGAGCCCAACCCCAAAAAAAAAAAAAUGAGGAAAGAAUUGCAAAAGAACUGGGAAGGAAAACUAAGUGAAAUGUAAAAGUAUCAACAUUUUGCCUUCUGGCUGUGCCUGAACUUCAGAAGCUGAUAUUUAGCAUCAGGAAGUGCUUGACUUAUAAACAGUGCAGUGCUUUGGGCUGUUUUGGUUCAUUUUGGCCAGUUAAUGAGCAGAAAAUGGAUCAACUACCUGUGGCCAAUAAGCUGGGGCCAACGCGUUUUAAAGCGAAAUUACUACAUUACUUACUUGUGCUUUUUAUUUUAUUUGCUGUAGGCCUCCAAGCUCUUGGACCUGUGAUGAACCUUUGCUCAACAUCUCAGUUGCAGGUGUUGUUUUUACAUUCGCUAUGAUAGGUACAGUGUACUUACUGCAUCUGGUGUUCGUUUUAACCUCAGUAAUUUUUAAAAAACAAUGUGCAGGUCCAGAUCAUAUCCAUAACUUCCAGUUAAGAACCCACACACCUUUUGAAAUUCCAUUAUAAUUACAGCUAAACUUCAUCCAUUCCUUGGUGAGGGGGGAGCCCAGGGCUGUCAAAAAGUUUUUAAGUAGUAGGCUGAUAAUGUGUACUAGGCGGUUUUGGAACUUGCACCAAAGGCGCAAGUUCUUGAAGGCUGCGGCAUCAAGGGUCAUUUUGAAAUUUAGAGUCUCAGAAAUGGUGUUUCCAGGGGUUUUCAAGAGGUAUUUUCCAUCGCGGAUGCCAUCAAUGAGGUCAAGGAUAAAUUGAAGGUCUUAAUGCAAAAUCGUCCUUGUGAUAUGCAAAAUUUUGACCUGUGACUAUUAAUUUGCAGUAAGGUUCAACAUAUGUGCAAAAACACAUCUUCUUUCCUGGCAGUUUCUUUUGUAGUGCUAACGUCCAACAUGACACUGAGUUUCUUUCACCAAACAAUGAAUUUUUUUCAGCUAAUAAUAUGUCUCUGGUUAUAUUGAUCUGUGGCUACUACAUGUAGUAGCUCAGGGCUUGACAGUGGUCUAAACAUUCCCUUUCCAAUUGAAAUUUACAGACAACAAGAAAUUAUUCUAAACUGCCUACAAAUUGGCAGCAAAAUUUCUUGUAGCAUGACUAUGACUUUUAUUGUGGAUUUGCUUUUGUACUUUGACUUUUUGCUUGCUUAUUUUGCAUGUGCUGCAAAAUAUCUCACUAAAAGUGAGAUUAGUUGAUUAUCGCUCACCACUUCAUUACAUCCCGUCCUUUGUGCUAUAUCCUGGAAGCUACCGUGUGGCACAAAAUUUUGAGGGUUAUAAUUUUUGCGAUUCUUCCAGCGAUCUGCAGAAAUAAGUUCCCACAAAUUAAAAUUACCACAAACAUUUUUCCUGCUAAAAUUUACUCCAGAGUAAAUAUUCUCUAACUUAAAUUCGCUACACAAAAAUACAGUACUAAGAAAUCAUGUCUGUUCAAUCACAACUUGUCUCUUUCAUUCACAAACAAUGAAAUAAUGGUUUAUUGCUUGAAAAUAUGUAUUUCUAUCACACAUACUCAAUAAAAGUGAAAAUAUCAUCAAUGCUAUCUUCUGAGUACUUUCUAAAAAUUGUAAAAAUUAAUUCUCAGCAAGAAAAAUCAAUCUGUCCUAAUCGCGAAAAUUAGUUCCUGCAAAACACAAAAAAUCGCUAAUUUUGUGCCGCAUGGUAGUUGCAGCACCCCCUCCUCUUUAAUCCCCUCUGGUUUCAAUGUUGUAGAGUGCAUGCAGCUUUCUGAAGUGAAGUGCAACCCAACUAAACACCUUGUUUAAUCACAACAUGCACAUGACAUGCCAUUCUACAAAAUACACUAUCCAUUGUUAUUUUCAUUUGACCUUACUCAACAAAGAACAACAUUGUCUGGGGGAGAGGGGUGGGGGCUGCUUUUCCCUUGGGGAGGGGAAAGGGGGUAGUCAUAGCAUGUGUUUUUGCUUAUAUUAUACAUGUACAUAAAUACUGUAACAUGAACUUGUGCAGCAACAUGUGGAGUCAAUGCAGGUCCAUUUUUAUUUUUACUCUCAGCUUUUACAUUUUUAUUCACAAUCAUGGAACCUGUGCCAUGGCAGCUUAAGAUUGCAUUUCAUUUCUUUGGCUUUGGAUCCCUCAUUCUUGGCAUGGUACUGUUUGCAUCAACAUUUGCCUCUGAAUUAUGUGUGAGUGUUUUCUUGUUGUUGUUUUUUAUGGGAACCUUAGAGUUAAAAAGUACAGUUUGACUCCCGAUAACUCAAACCUUCUAGGGAGACCAAAAAAAGUUUGAGUGAUCAGGAACUCGAGUGCGAGGCAAAGAACCGGAAACAGGGAAAGAAGCAAAUGGAUUGGGAGGGAAUGCAAGUAUCAUGCACUCUCUACUUCAAAGGCAGCAUUGGAUGACAUAAAAAUUGUUAUUUCUAAAAAGGAAUUAAGCAACAAAUCUUGAUUAAUAUAGAGGGAUGGACAAAGAAUUGACAUGGUUGUUUUGAAAUAAAAGAGAGAUAAAGCAUUGUGUUUACAGCAACCGGCAAACAUAAGAUUCUAGUUGUAAAAUUUUCAGAUAUGGAAAGAAUUAGUGUGAACCUAUGGAUUUUCGUGUAGUUAUAAUGAACUGUAUUAAUGAUAAGUAAUAAUUAUGGAAAACUUUGUCACAUGGUGCAAAUUCACGUUUGCAGUAAAUGCGAUGCUUAAUCUCUCUAAAUUCAAUGUUUCAGACUUCAGUACAAUGUUUUUUUUUCCAACUUUUUAUGCGCUUAAAGCAUGGUUCGGGUUAUCAAGGGUAAAAUUAUGUAGAAAUGACUUGAAAGGAAACAAAAAUUACUUCGAGUUUGCGGGUGGUUCUAGUUAUCUUGGGUAAAAUUACAGUAAAUGUGUAAAGGAAAUCCAAGAGAAAUCAACUUUAGUUCGAGUUAGCACGAGGUUUGAGUUAUCAGGAGUCAAGUGUAUGCCAAGUGCAUUUGUUAAGUUAUAUAAGCAUGCAGGAAGUGGGAACAUCCUCACAAUCCCAGGUGUUCUCAAUAGUUGCCAAUAAACCGGAGUUUAUUAAAGUUGGUUCUCCCUGCAAAGUUUACAUAACAAAAUCCCCAGAAAAACCCUGAAGGAUCUUGAUAGUAGAAGGAAAGUGGCCUAAUGCAAUUUAAUAGUAAUACCAAAGCAAAUCCUACAAAUUUAGGCCCCAACUCCCCAAGAAAGGAAAAAAACUGGAUCACAAUCCAUUCAAAAACACCCAGGCUCCAUUCUCCAACCCAAACACACAGGGUGAAAAGAAAAUCAUUUUUACAGCUUGUCAAUCGGGCAAGCUGAAGCUAGCAUUUACUAGCCCACAAGUCAUUUCAACUAGCCCCACGGCAAAAGCUUUUUGAUGAGCAGAAUUGAUUUCACAGUUCUUCUGUUAUUCAGAUUCCUCAAAAACCAUCACUUGCUCAUUGGGCAAGUUAAAAGCAGAAUUCACUAGCCAGAUAGCAAAAUCCACUAGCCCCUGGCUAUCUGACACUAAACACACUGAAUACAGCACCUCAGAUAGUGCAAACUUCCAGUCACAUGGCCUAUUGCUAACAUAUCCUGACAUUGCAGCGAGGUACACUAUUAAAGUCACUGUGAAUAAUUCUCCUUUGUUCUUUCUCUUGUUUAGCAAGGAUAUGCUCCUGAGUUGUACUAUUUAUGUCUGUCAUUUGGGAUAUUUGCUCUUCUUACAACGGGUAGGUUUGACACAUGUGUUAAGCGUCUAUCUCGUUAGGCAAAUAGUCUAAAAAAAACUGGUACAUGGAGAUGUUGUACAUUGUAGCAGUGUAUGAUUAAAUUUUAGUGAUGAGUUUAACUUGUUGCAGUGCUCGAAUGUGUUAAAGAUUGUGUAGUUGCUGUUUUGUGAGACGUGAAGGAAACACCAAGGCCACUGGUUGAGUUAAUCAGCUUACAUUGUGUAAAUUGUGGUCUGUAAUUGUAACAAUAGCGGACUAGGUGGUCUUAAGGAACAACUUACUUUUUUGAAAUCUUGGCUGAGAGAUAAGAGAAGCGUGGUAGAGAUAGAAAAAAAAUACUAGUUUCAAAGCUCUUGAUCUCACCCCUGUGUGAAGUUUAAUGGCCGCCUCAGGCCCCCUCAGCCAUAUUCAAACCAGUUUGUUUGAAGAAGAAACAUAAAAUGCAUUAUUGACCAAAGUUUAGAGAUCAAGAUGGCUGAAUAUUGGCCAAGGUUUUUACUCUCCGUUUUUAUGGACCAAAGUUGAGGUCUUACAAAAAAUGCAGAAAAAGAGCAAGGUUAUCAUCCUGUCAUUUUGUUGUCAUGCUUGGUCAAUUAAGCAUAUUAUUAUAUGGCUAAAUCCCAAGCGCGCAAGAUAAAGUGAAUCUUGUGUUUGAUUGGAUACCAAGCAGGCAAGGAAGGCUUGUCUUAUUUGCGUAUCUCCUCGGAAUUUCUCGCCUUAUUUGCGCAAGAAAAGAUCUUUCUGUGUCCUUUUUGGCCGUAUAAUAUAGUCUUUAUAGAGAGGAGAAGUCGUUUCGUCAUGUUGCCAAAGUAGUAAAUUUCUUUGAUCACAACAAACCGAAAAUUCCCUUAAAAAGUAAAUUCGCACUGUUUCAGACUUCAUCGAUCUUAUUCACUUUCAUUUAAUUUGUCAAAUUAAUGCUGAUAUAACUUAACAAAUGACCGUAUCUAAGUUUAGAAAAAGAAAAAGAAAAAGAAACUUUUUGUCUUGUGCUCACCUACUGCAUAAAGCGGGCGCGUGAAAUAGGACGUUUCAUGUCGCAGUCGUGCAACAACGGCUAAGAAAUGUACAGAAAAGUGUGAUGCACGUGCAAAGUUGAUUUUUUGCCAAUCUAAACCUAUUGUUUUUUUUUUGUGCUGGUCGCCGUCGCCGUUGCAAAAACUCCCUAUUGUUGUCAUCCAGAAAUUUUGCUACCGUGGUAACGUGACGUCACACUUCUCCUCUCUAUAGACCAAGCUUGUUCAGUCAAGGUGGCUCUAUAUUGGCCUGUUUCUUGUUUUGCGUAUUUGUUGGCGUCGAUUUCGCAAAACGCAAAAAAGAACUUACCCAAUAUCAAUCUUGACCUCACUCUUGGUCAAUAACGCAUAUAUAAACCUAAUUGCAAUAACGUUCUACUACAAUCAGGGAUGUCAGACUAAGGAAUCAACAGAAAACAUCAGUGGCCAUUUAAGCUUUGCUUAACUCAACUGAUGUGAGAUUAAAGUACUGCAAAUGUGUUCACAGGAUUAUCAAAUUAUCAAAAGGUCUUUUGCAUGGCUACACUGUAAUCAAUUCCUAUUUGUCGAUUUUUAUUUGUCUUUUGCUUUUUUUAUGACAACGUGAAUGCAAUUAGGUGUAUGUUGUGGUUCAAUUUUAUCUUUGGUUUCAAUUUUAUGUUCUUUUGUUUUUGGGUAUGAUAAUGUAUGAUAAUGAAUUUGUUUGAAACAAAGAAAACUAAAUUUUAAACCAAGGAUAAAAUUGAACCACAACACAUACAGCUAUUUCGAGAAAGGUUGUCGGAAAAAAAUUGCACGCGACAAUCCCGAAAGGUAAUAUGGGAUAUGAUCAAUACACUGUUUCUGACACUGUAGCUGUCGAACCUACUUUUGCUGCUUCACUUUAGCACUCGGAAACAUAGUCCAUGGCCUGUCGUGCCAUUCUUUCAAAAUUUCUAUGAAGAACAGUGAUCUCAAAACCACCCAAAAUACCUUUCGGGUUUGUCGCGAGCGCUUUUUCCGAGAACCUUUUUUCGAAAUAGCUGUAUAAAGACCCUUCUUGGCCGCUUGGAAAGCCAAUCAGAACACAGGAAUUGCUUCAACGUCUAGAUGCCAACAGUCUACAAGUGAAAAAUUUGAGGACAUAAUAAUUUUUCGUCCCUGCCGCGUACACUUCUCGCACAAACUAUCGGUUGUUUGUCUCCCACCUUGGUUAAUAAGUCGUGUAAAGAACGUAACUGAAGAAUACAAAUUGUGAUUACCGUUAAGCGAAGUUAAUCUCUCUCAUGAAAGCACGGCCUUUUUUACUGCACGGUUUUGUUCGUGACAAAGUCCAAGGGCCUCCUACCUAAAAAACCAAUCGCCUCUUUUUAUUACCGCUUUAACAAUCGCGUAUCACGAGAUUUGAGAUUUUACGGGUUUAAAAGGUGAAAGUGAAGCAUAUGAUUAAAUAGAUAUCGCAUUUAUGCCCACAAUUUAGGCUAGCCGGAUCCUAGUAUCGUAGUCUACGUAGGAGGCGUUCGAAGGGGAAUAGAAAAGUAGAAGUUCGGGUGCACGUGGAAGUAGGAAGGGAUUCCCCUUCUCUAACCCCCACCCACCCCCCACUUUUCCCUCGCGCACUCGCACUUAGGUAUGCGGUUUUACAGUAAGUGUGUUAUGCUCGUCAUCGCUAGUCUCCUUCGCAGCCGUUUUUUAGGGUCGUCACGCAAAACUCUUCCCCACUGGUGGGAGGAGCGUUGUGUGACGACCCUAAUAACGGCUCCGAAGAAGACUACUUCAUCGUUGCCUAUUAUAAAGUGUACUCAAUACAAAAAUUCUGUUGUUUUACAGGAUUUCUGGUCAUCAUGCUCCCGUUUUGGUUGAUGAACUAUCUGUGGCCAGAUUCUGUUCUCAACCGACGUGAACGGCGAGGAAUUUGCUAUGAGCCCGUAAAGUGCUGCACUUGCCUUUGGCAUAUUUAG